GAUGUAAAUAAACAGUAUAAACUCCGGUCGACUCCCCCCGUCAGUUUUUGAAGAAAUUAUGAAUUUUGAUUGUUGACAGAAGUUACAAUGUUUAUUUAUUUAGUAUUGAUAACCAUUUUUACAAAUAUAGACUGUAAAAAUGUAUUGGUUUUGAUAGCUGAUGAUGCAGGAUUUGAGACCAAAGUAUACAACAACACUGUCUGCAAGACUCCAAACUUGAACAAGCUAGCAGAAAAGAGUGUCAUUUUCAGAAAUGCAUUCACUUCAGUCAGUAGCUGCUCACCAAGCAGAUCAGUGAUUAUGUCUGGUUUACCUCAACAUCAGAAUGGCAUGUAUGGCUUACAUCAGGGCUAUCACCACUUUAUGAGUUUUGAUGAAGUUCAAAGUCUUCCACUUAUACUGAAGAAUAAUAAUAUACACACAGGCAUUGUUGGUAAGAAACAUGUGGGACCAAGCUAUGUGUAUCCAUUUGAUUUUGCCGAGACAGAAGAAAACCAUUCUAUUCUACAAGUAGGAAGAAAUAUUACCUACAUGAAACAUAUGGUCAGAAAAUUCUUUCAUCAUCAUAACGAUUCAAGACCAUUUUUCCUGUAUAUCGGUUUCCAUGACCCUCAUAGAUGUGGCCAUACUAACCCACAGUAUGGAGCAUUCUGUGAGAAAUUUGGGAAUGGAGAACCAGGGAUGGGAACCAUUCCAGACUGGAAACCAGUAAAAUAUGACUCAGACGAGGUGGAGGUACCAUACUUUGUUCAAGAUACACCGGCAGCCAGACAAGAUCUUGCUAAACAAUAUACCACAAUCAGCAGACUGGAUCAAGGAAUAGGUUUGAUCCUUGAGGAAUUAAAGAAUGCAGGACAUGAUAAAGACACCUUGAUACUCUACUCUUCUGAUAAUGGUAUACCUUUUAUAAACGGACGGACCAAUCUGUAUGACUCGGGAAUGGGAGAACCUUUCCUAGUGUCCUCACCUUAUCAAACCAAGAGAAAUGGACAGGUGAGUGAUAUUCUAGUGAGCCAUGUUGACAUUGUUCCAACAAUUCUAGACUGGUUUAAUAUACCUUACCCAAGUUACAAGCUGAACAAAAAAAUAGUGAAACCAACUGGAAAAUCACUACUACCAGUCUUAAAUUCAGAGCCCCAUUCUGGAUACGAGACUGUGUUUGCAAGUCAUAAUCUUCAUGAGGUUACAAUGUACUAUCCAAUGAGAGUUAUAAGAAAUCAACAAUUCAAGCUUAUUCAAAACAUCAACUAUAAAAUGCCAUUUGGAAUUGAUCAAGAUUUCUUUAUUUCUGACUCGUUUCAAGAUCUGUUAAACAGAACUAGAUCUGGUAUUCCUACACAUUGGUUCAAAACCUUGAAGGAAUAUUACUACCGACAAUAUUGGGAAUUGUAUGAUAUCAAAAGUGAUCCAAAAGAGACUAAAAACUUAAUGAACCAUUUGGAUUCAGGAUAUAAAAAUGUUUUCCUGAGUUUGAAGACGAAGCUACUGCAGUGGCAGAAUGUGACCUCUGACCCAUGGAUCUGUGCACCAUGGGGAGUAUUGGAGGAUGCUGGAAGCUAUAAGAAAAAUCCACAGUGUUUUACAGCUGAUAAUUACUUGAAUCUCCAUGAAGAAUUGUAAAUUCUAAAUCUGACAUGACAAUUCUAAUUAUUAAAGGUGCUGUUGUUGUUUAGUUAAAAUUGUGAAAGACGCUUUUGUUAACUAUAAAAACUCCUCAACCUUUGCUGAAGUUGUUGGGGAAUAAAUACAAGCUCCAUUUAAGAAGCUUUGAAAUAUUGGGAGCAGGUCUCCUCAUGACCUUUUUUCUUCUUUAACUUAAUUAAAAUGCAUUAGAAAUUAAUGUAUAAAUAUCCCAUUUUGUCUACAAUUCUGAAAGCAAUGUGUUCAUUUUCAGUUCUUAAUAUAUUUACAUAUUUUUUUCUAAACAAAGGAUCUGAAAAGAAAUGUAUAGGUAAAGGUUUGAUUUUUAAUAAAACUUUUUUUUGAACUGAUAUUUCAAAGUAAUUCAAAUAAGGUAAGUUCAUUUUCACAUAUUAUACAUACAAUGUCAUAACAAUAUUUGUAUAUUUAUUGUCUAUCAUUAUUAAAUGCUAUCUGAUAACCUGUACUUUUAUAUUUUCUAUAUUUGUAAUAAAAUUGCACAAAAUUCAA